CUUCUGAUCAAGUACGUCUGCGAAACAGCGCCGAAUUCCUCGUUCUGUUCCGAUGAGUUCGCACCUUGACUGACCUGUUAAAAAGCAAUUGUUGAUCUGCCAACACCAGGUUAAAGGAAAUUCGGAGCGCGUGUUUUAAAGCCCUACUUAACCCUUAACCCUUAACCCCCUAGUGUCGAUCUCUAUUGAACUUACGAUUAUAACUGCUCCCUGAAAGAUGUGACAAAAAAGCGUCAUUUUCUCAACGUUGUAACCCGAUACACGUUUAAUAGGAAACAUGCACACAUGAAUCGUCCAUUUGAUUUAUAAGACUGAGUCACUCGGAAAGAUUUUACUGGGAAAGAAAUUCUGGGAUGAAUUUUAGAAAGCGUUAGGCAAAACCAGUCCUUAUAUGAUAUAUUAACAUGUUUUGUCAUUGUAUGGUGUAAGCGACAUAUAUAUGAGGUUGAUCCCCUCUUACCAUUCACAUUUCUCUUUGUCGACCACACCCACUGACCCCGCCCACUGGACCACGUCAUGGUUAACCGCUUCACAAAACUAAAAUCCCGUUUAAGUGAGUAGUUCCUACCUAAGGCCAGUUGGUGUCACCUUUAUCGACAACUCAGUGUAUAAAAAGAAGAGGUACAUGGUUUUAGUGACUGUACUUGCGUCUCGAUUAUCCUUUGAAAACAAGAGACAUUUUAUGGCUCUUGUUUGAAAACUAAUACGAUAGUUGAAAAUAAACAGGAACGUUUAAUAUGAUAAUAAUAAUUUUUUUUUUUUUUUUUGGGGGGGGGGGUAAAGAAGAGAUACAUGUGUUUAGUGACUUUAUUUGUAUCUUAAUUUCCUUUUGAAAACAAGAGAUAUUUUAUGGCUCUUUUUAUAAAAAAAAAAAAAAAGUUAAAAAAAAACGGGGAUGUUUAAUAUUAAUAAAAUAAUUUUUUUUUUUUUUUUUUGGGGGGGGGGGACUAUUCUUUCCGCUUCGCUUUGUCUCUCUCUUCAAAAAUGUCUUUAAAUAAAACAUUCUGUAAACUACGAUGACCACCACAACGGGUGACAGCUAUGCAACUUGUGAUAACAUAGUUUCAUCCUUCUGAAGUUUGUACGUUUUUAGUCGACUAGCUAGAACUUGUGCACGGAGAAGCUGUUAAGGAAAGUGAAAGAGUAACGAAUCGUAAUUUAGAGAGCAUUGUAGGGAAAAACCAAACAACAACAACAAACAAACAAAGAUUUCACCUGAUUGCUUUUUCCUGAAGAGCUCUGUAAGUGUGAUGUUACUAUAAAGCCUCGGGACUGGCGUAAUUUGAUAAUUAAUGCAGAUUCACUGAUUGUUUUACGUUUUCCUUGGUCGCAGGAGGUUAUUUCUGACGACGAGGAGGAACGCUUUUUUCGAUUUGACCUUGAUGGCCAGAAAGCAAAAUUCAAGCUAACAAAAAGAGAGUGGGAACUCAUAGACAUCAAAGAAUUCCCAAGUGGUGGUCGUCUGUUGGGUGGCGCCUGGACCACGAUAUUUAAGCGUGGGAUAAGAAACAGCAACCCCUGGUGCACCUUGCGCUUCAAGAAUAAUCACGUGCGGGCGGCAAACUCCCGCAAAAUGAAUUCAGCGCCGUUUUUCCGAGGAGCUGGGGAGUGCAAGCGUGAAGAAUGUAAUAUGAAGUUAAAGCUUACAAUACAAGAGGAGAAAGGAAAAUUUGUCAUGGUAACGUACACAGGAAAUGUCUGCCACAAAGUUUCACUCAGAGAUGAUGAGGAAGUAAAACCAAAAGAUAGUAAAUAAACUGGCCAAAUUGUUAAUACUUUGCGGUUCUAAAUGAAUAGCUUCGUGAACAGCAAUUUCAAGACACUGUACAAAAGUGUCAUGGCGAAUUUGAACUGACAAGAAGCUUGGCUUUGCUUUUAGUAAGAAAUUAUAUCGAAAAAAUUGUUCGCAAGGAACGCGGAGUGUCUGAGUUGGCUAACAAUGCUAGCUUCGUCGUAGGUUUUACUUUGAGCUGGGCGUUUACCCAUCUUCGUAUUCAGCAAUGACAUCGCUUAUUGUACAAUAAUAAUAAUAAUAAUAAUAAUAAUAAUAAUUAAGCUAUGAAUUUUUGUAGUUAAUUUUGCAUUCUGAACGAACGUGUGACAGUUUAACAAAGUCAAGUUAUAAUCGAUAGGCGCAUUUACCAUUUGUGUCAUGAAGGUCUCUUGUUCCUAACGUUUUGGCUGGAUUUGGUUAGGGGAUUUGUUGUUUUUUUUCUUUCACGAACAAAAAAUGUAGAUCUCCAGUGGAAUCUACUCGUGUCCAAUGGAAACCUUGUUAAGCAUCCCAUACAACAUGACUGGGAUUCUGAGAAUCGCACGAAUAGAAAAUGUGAUUGCCCAGUGGCAUCUAUUCUUGUCUAGGUAGGACUUUCCUCCUUUUCACCACUAGACUCCCGGGCCGAGUUGUUCAAAGCUGGGUUAAGAUAACCCAGGGAUAUUGAGAAAUUUGAAUUCAGAUGUUAAAGCUUAACAGCAAACUCAGUUUAAUUCUUUUUGUCUACACCUUUAAGAUUGGAUGCUCCUUAAAAAGUAAAGAAAAUGAUGCGAGAAAAUGCUUUUGAACAAAAGAAAAAAAAAACCUGGAUUAAAAUUUAGCCCCGAGUUAGCGCUAAUCGGCUUUCAAACAACUGGGCCACGGUUUUCUAGUGGAAAGCAAGGGUAAACGACUAGAGUAUCGUUGACAGUAUUGGACAACCCUCUGUACAUGAGGUGAUUAUGUCGACCAAGAGGUCCUAAUAAUAGCUUAAUAAUAGUCCUAUUAUGAUCUUCUUUGACGAUUUACUGAGCAGACCAUACAAAGUUUUAACUCAUGUGGCCAGAAUCCAUGCAAAUAUAUUAGAACAAAAUAAAGAGGGUUCAACUCCCGAAAGCGGGCAACAAUGUAACAUGGCCCAUGUUCCAUUGUUUUGGAACACCAAAACAGAUAUGGCCGCCAUUGGAAGUACCAUAGUUUCUUUUGACUGGAGCAUUGCGAACCAAACUUAUCGUUGGUGGGUUUCGAUUCUUUACAUCAUUAGCAUUGUUUGUGUUAGAAACUAUUCCUUCAGCUGUCUGGCAUACCGAUCGGUUGCGGUAUUGGCUGAUUUUAGGCANUCUUUUGACUGGAGCAUUGCGAACCAAACUUAUCGUUGGUGGGUUUCGAUUCUUUACAUCAUUAGCAUUGUUUGUGUUAGAAACUAUUCCUUCAGCUGUCUGGCAUACCGAUCGGUUGCGGUAUUGGCUGAUUUUAGGCAACUACAGUCCUAGAAUCCCAACUCUAAGUGUCCUUAUCAAUUUAGGGUUGGGUCGUUUGAUGAUUUCCUCUUGCCUUACGAGAGUAUCAGGGAUAGUGUCGGAAAAUAAAAUUAAUGUACCUUGUCCCAGAGCGGAAUACGCAUUCUUAAGGAAACUUAUAACCUAGUUAAUCUUGUUUUCGAUGGUCAAUAGCAUCCUUAGAUAACACUUUAAUAGCGCCAUCUAACUGUUGUGUUGGAAUUGAAGACAGGUGGCUUGCCAUGUUGUAGGAAAUGACCGAGAGUGGCCUCAAAUAAUCAUUCGUCCUAAGGCAGAACAGCUGUAGAUUUAAUUUCAAGGCUGGGUUCUUUAUCAGCUGACUGUUUCUUGGAUUUCGUGACGUUUACUAUACUAACGAAUAAGGAAACCUUUAGAGACAACAACAGAGGAUAAAUUCUCUUUCGCUUAGGUGUAAUCGACGUUUAGUAAUGGGCUGUUUCGAUCGGCCAUUGUAAAUACUGUGUUAAACUUUUUGCUUUGAGAGUAGUGUGAGUCAAAAGCGUCGUAUAGCUACCGGCUAUAACGCUGCCAACAAUUUUUAGAAUCAACAUCUGCCAGCCGCGAACACAAUUCGUGACACAAAAAUCAUAGACUACCACGGUGGUACUAAGUAAUAGUCCAGCUCAGUAAAUGAAUCGGCACCAUUGCCUGAUGAAGACCAGCAGCAGGCGGCGGCGAAUAAAGGAGCUGUGUCCUGAAAUAUAUCAAAAUUUGGAUAUUGGGAACAGUCACCAAAUUGAGUAAACCAUUAAAAUAACUCCUCAGAAUAUUAAAAGAAAAUAUAAAUAACACAGCACAUACAAUAUAGGAGGCACGGAUGACGACUGACACCGAUUGCAAUUGUGAAUUUUUGAAAACUUGUUAUCCUUACAGUUUUUCAAAGAUCAUUUUUUUUGUCUGUAACUUUGAUGUAACACGAAGCAGUGAUUUGCCAUUUGCAACUAGUUUCUUUCCUAAAUUCAAGUUCCAUUGCGAAUAAGGACUUGCAAUUGGCAAUAGUAACAAAAUGAUUUUAGACAGUCGUGACACAGCCCUUUUAAUGACAAAGUAACCGUAUCGUAAAAAAAAUAUAUAUAAACGAGCCUAUCAUGCACACACCAACAUCAACGAUAUCUUUCAUUUAGGUUUCACUGAUUUGGCUCAAAGGGUGUGAAACCUGAAACCUAACAACAACACUUCUGUGCAUUUCAAUUGUGGAUACUAUUUAACAAUUAUUCUUCGAGCCCGAAUGGGCUCUGAGGCCAUGACGGCGAGAGGAAUAAUUGUUUAAGUAAAAUCCAACUAGCUGGUCAAAAAUAUCGAGAAUAAAAAAAUUUUAGCUAGUUAAAAGCUAGACUUUAAUCCUUUUUUGCCGCCAAAAAGCCCGCUCUUUUCGCUACUAGGGGGCUAUAACAUAUAGCCUAGUAGUAGCUCAACCAAUCAGAACGUAGCAUUGAUAAUGACCACUAGUUGGAUUUUACUAAAAAGAGUAAACAAUAAUUGCUUGAAAUAAAAUGAGUGGGGUCUGAAUGAAUGAGUUGGCGUAGAAAUCGUAAGCUUAACAAACAGCAGAAAUAUAAUUUAAUCAUUGAGAUUCUAAGAUUUCAAAUCCAGAUUCACGUAUAAAAACAGGCCGAGAUUCUCUUUACAAGGUUAAGGAUUAAUAGAAAGUAUUGAGAUGCCUUUAUUUAAAUCACCAAUGUUGCACUAAUUGUACUACAACUGAAUUUAUUGUAAGUCACUCAAAUUACAAAUCAAAAUUACAUUACAUUGUACCUAACAAAGUAAUACUAUUUUAGUGUAGCUAUUGUGAUGCAACAUUUUAUUAACUACUGACUUCCAUGGUUUUCAGCUAGCUUAUCUGCUUUGUUGUGGCUUACUAUUACUUGGCAAACCGAGCUGCAGGCCAUUUGCACUAAGAGGUAUGUGACAUCGCUUUUAUGAAUUGAAAGUUAUAUGAUUUUGCCUUCGAAAAACGAUUAGUGGGUCAUAUCUUAAACAAAAUAAUGGUGAUUUGCUGUUUCAAACCCGAACCAUUUUCUUAAAAUAAAUAAGUUCGUAAAUGGUCACGUGACCAAAAUGUGAUUUUCAAAGAAAAUGUUAAAAAGAUGAUGUGAUAACAUUUACAGCACAUCUGAGCGUAAAUAUGAAACGUUGAACAAGAUAUAAGCAAGAAGUAGUUUUGGCCGCCAUGUUGGAGGGCAAAAGCAUGCCCUCCAACAUGGCGGCAAUACAAAUCAUACUACUUUGCUGAAAAAUCAAAGUGCCAUAAAAUAUCUCCCUUAAAUGCGUUUCCUCUCAAAUUUCCGGUGUAAGAUAAUUUUUGUGUGCUCUAACAAUUUUUGUCAUCAGCAAGAUUCCAACUCAUUGUUUAAAGGAAGCAUUGGUCACGUGACCUCUUAGUGCAAGUGGCCUAUUGAAUAUAAUAAAAACGUGCACGUGUCAGUUGCAUAAUUGUGGUCAUCUUUCGUUAAACUUAUUGCUGCGAUUCCUUUUUACUUGAAGAAAAAAGCUCAAGAAUGAGCAGGUGGUGUUCUACUUUUCUGAUAAUAGAGCACCGUCUCCCUUUGACUGAAUUGAGAUGUAAAGACAAUCUUGAGCCAGUGCUUUGGAAAUCGAUUAAAAUACUUAAUUUUGGCCUUGACACAUGCGUUAUUUUGCUGGAAAUCGGGUCUUCAGCUAGUAACGAGAAAAUGAGCAAUUCCAGUAUCACGUUUGUAUAAAACAGGCUUCCGACGAUCGCGACGUUAUUAGUUACCAGCCAAUUUUCUCCGAGUUUAACUUGAAACGCGUUGAAGGCUGUUAGAUGAAUUCGCGCUCUAUUGUAAAAUCGUAAAGUUAUGUCUAGUUUAGGUUAUUGGUUAUGAAAACUCGUUUAUGGAUCCCAAUCUUCGACCACUUCAUACAACUCAUCUACGUAAAUAUCCACGUUGAUCAGUUUCUGAAGAUAGAAAAAUUCAAAAACUAAGUCGGUUAUGUGCUAUUGAGUGGUCUAAAACAAUCAGACAGUUACAAAAGCGAAUAUGAUGCAGUCGAAGCGCAAUAAAUUCCGUUUUGAUUGAUAGAGAUAAACCUAGUUUACUUUAUGCUGAUUUUCCAUGUCUUUCAGUUGCGUUCUUAAAGCAUCAAAUGACGGCCUAUCCUCCCAUUCUUUUUCCCAACAGUUCAUCAUAAUUUGAUACCUGAAAAAUAUAAGAACUUCCCGUCUUAAUUCUUCGAAAAACAAUGAUCACAUUGGGCACCUUGGGGUAACGGUAGAUUAGGCGAGCUGUUAAGUGUACCAAAAAUAGAUGGGUUAUGCUAUAUUUACACCCUAAUGUAGAGGUGGAUCAUGGUAUCUCUUUUCUUACCUUACAUCAAUUAUUGCAGUUUAAUAUGGGCAUCUACUUAUGCUUCUUACCUUAAACCCCUUUAUGUACUUCAAAAGAAAGCCGUUCGUGUAAUUACUUUUUCUCCUCCGCGCACAUCCUCUAAGCCCCUUUUUUCUAAGCAUAAUAUUCUUUCACUCUACUCUGUCUAUAAAUUCCAUGUUGCUUGUUUUGUAUUCUCACAUUUUAAUAGCCUUUUACCUACUCCUGUUUCCUCGAUCCUUCAUUUUAAUUCUGAAUAUCACGAUUAUAUGACUCGUUCACGUUUUAAUCUGCAUAAAACCUGUCAUAAGUACCAAUUUGCUAUCACUUGGCAAGCUCCUAUUAUUUGGAAUGAUAUUCCGUUAACUGUGCGCAAUAAUCUCACAGUAAGUAACUUUAAAAAAAACUUAAGACUGUAUUUUUCUGAGUAGUUAAUCAGCCUAUGCAUAAUAUGUACACCUUAUGGGACUAUACUAGGUGUAUUUGUUUGUAGUUGUUUGUGUGGUUUAUAGGAAUUAUUAGGAAUAAUAAUAGGUUUCUAGGAAUUAUUAGUUGUUUAAAUAUUUGAAAUUAGUUGCCACAGUAAGUAACUUUAAAAAAAACGUAAGACUGUAUUUUUCUGAGUAGUUAAUUAGCCUAUGCAUAAUAUGUACACCUGAUGGGACUACACUAGGUGUAUUUGUUUGUAGUUGUUUGUGUGGUUUAUAGGAAUUAUUAGUCGUUUGUGUGGUUUAUAGGAAUUAUUAGGAAUAAUAAUAGGUUUCUAGGAAUUAUUAGUUGUUUAAAUAUUUGAAAUUAGUUGCCAAGUAUUGUAUUUUAGUUGUAAGGUUUUCUAACUGACCUUUUCUUUCUUGAUCUAAUUGUAUUGUAAUUAUUUUAGUUAAAGCCUUCUUCUAUUCCUGUAAAUUCUUCACGUCUUUUUUUUGCUGACCUCAGGCCAUUUAAGCCCCCGGCUUUGGCUGUUCUUGUGUAUUUUUCUUCUUCCAGGAAAUGAUUAAUUAAACGUAUUAUUAUUAAACGUAUUAUUACAAGCUUCGGACAUCGACUGUUGUGCCAAAUACCAACGCUUCCUGAAAGCCCUGUAGCAACGAAGGUCUUCAGGAAGUUCGUCCGAUCUCCAGGGAGAUCUCUUUGUGACGUAAUUGACGAAGCAAUGUCACGUGUUAUUUGAAAUCGCGUCUCACGUGUUUUUUCGUUGAGCAACAUUUGUAGUUCAGGAUCACUGAUGGAAGCAAACCGUUCCAAAAAACGUUUAACAAAAUAUGCAUAUUUAAUUAGGUAGUCCUGCCUCAAGUGGCCUGAGUAGGUCUAUUAAGGCUCUAGGAUAACACUUAGUUUAAUAUAACUGAUUAAAAACACUUGUAAAUGCCCGAGAAAUUUGAAGUCAAUCAGUAACCCUGUAAUUUAAAGUCGUUUGUCAUUAUUUUGUUAAGGAAUUUUGUCCUUUCGUAUAACAAUUUAUUCCCUGUACUUCAGUACAAAACUUUCUAAAUUUCAUCCGCUUGACUCUAAUUUUCUUUAUUUCAAAACUAUAGGGCUCGUAUGGUUUUUCUUAUUGAUUUUAUAUUAUUGUGAAAUCUUUACCAUUUUUGCUAUAGAACAUCAUCAGGAAUCUUUGAUAAUCUAUAACCUUUCUAUGUAGCUAUUUAUUAAGUGUUGUCAGUGAGCUAAGAAAUUAUUAAUAAACCAACCCAGCGAGUUUUUAUCUCCGUUCGUUUGUUAAUAGACAGUACAUAUACGUGCAUGCAUACAUGCUGAAAAAUCAAAGUAUCAAAUAAACAUAGAAGACCUUAAACAACGGAUUUCUUAGGAGCCCUAUAGCCUUCAAAUGAUCAUACUGUCACAAAAUUUUGGCUGCUUAUUUUUUGGGUUUACAAAAAAAGAAUUUUACUUUGGAAAAAGGAAUAUUAAUUUUACGUACACAUCGCUUUUAAUUUUAUAUCUUCGAUUGUGCAGUGCCUCAUAUAUAAGCUGUCCAUUUUAACGGCAGUGGACGACUCUAGAAAUUUAAAAAAGGGGGUUACAUAUUGGUUAAAAGCUAACACAUCACGAAACUUCUGUUUUCAAUUGCAGAAAAAUUGAAAUAUGUUAUUUUCCUCAGGUGUUGAUUCUUCGUAAUGUGGCUAUGGUACUUGAAUACUUCAAUGAAACGUUGUCGAGGGCCAUAAGAGGCAUCACUUACUUUUUCCCUGUUUACUCAAGGUUGACGAUUAAGACAUUUUCAAAGGGUUUUCCAAGGAAAUCUUACACAUACAUCGUUCACGGAUUCCAUUUUUAG